AUGAUUUAAUAGAGAUCUGAUCAGAUUCUUGAAGAAGGGAGAUAAUAAGAUAUUCCAGAUACUUAAACUCAAAAUACUUAAUACACCCAGAAUUAUAACCAUCCUUUUGAGUGGUCUCGAGUCCUUGAAAAUAUCUCUGUUGUCGCUUUACAGAAGUUCACCUCAUAAUCUAUAGGUAUUUUGAGCGAUAAGCAAAUAAUUAUGUUAAAUGUUAGGACUUGCAAAAUAGAAAGAAAAAUAAAGCCUAAUAACAAAGCAACAUGCAUUACGAUAUUGAACUAAUACUAAAAUUAUUCAGAGUCAUAAUCACCAACCCAUAUUAUUCCUAAAAAGAAAGUAAAGAGUUUAUGCGUUUAAUUUUUUACAGGCCACUUUGAUGGAACUAUUACUCUCUGGGUAAUCUAAAACAACAAGGUUAAAAAGAUGAGAGUAUUUACUGAUAUUGAACCUUCUAAUAGAAGACCUGUCAGCUGCUUAAAUGUGAUGAGCUUCAAAUAGCACUUACCAGCUCCGCAAAAAAGGCAUUGCUCAGAAAAAUUACAAAGAUGGAGAGGAUCUACUUAACAACAUUAAAAAACUUAGGUAUAGGUAGUUGUCUAAUAUGUUUUGUUAAGUGGACACUAAAACGGAAAUGUUAAACAAUGGAACAUACUUACAGGAUAGUGCUUGAAGGAAAUAGAAACAAAACACAACGGUAUUCUCUUUUGUGUAGCGUCAAUCCAAGAGACCGUCUUAACUGGAGGCUAUGAUAAUAUCUAGGUGCACUAACCUCAAAGAGCUAAUUCUCUACCUCCCUUUUCGUCAUUCUAAUAAUAAUCCUCCUGUCAAGCUACUUCUACUAACCAAAUUUACGACAAAGUUUAAAGCAAUUUCUAUGAAGACUCUAAAACAAGCGAAGGACAAAAUUUCCCAUUUUCUGCUUCAUAAUCUAGAAAAAAAUCAUGGAGCAAUUAAAGGGAAGAAGAAAGAAGCAGACAUAUAAAAAAGGAAUUCAAAGUAAUCCAUAAGGGAUUUGCGAACUACUAAAUAAAGCCAAACUAUACAUAAAAAGAAGAAAAAAUAGUUAGAAACAUGAUUGCUCUUGGUAGCAAUUAGAUUAUUUCUCAUGGCUUCACAAAUGAUGUUACGGAAUGGAAAUUAGAGUCAAAUAAAAUGACUAAAAAAAUAUACACAGGUCAUACAGAUAAUGUAAAAUGCAUUGAAAAGUUAAAUGGUUCUUCCUUCGUAACGGGCGGCAGAGACUCUAAUGUUAUAAUAUGGGAUAAUAACACAAAAUCUAAUCAAAUAUAUGAAGGAGCUCAUUCGCAGCCAGUAAGUUCUCUUUCAGCUAUUGAUGAUAAAUCAUUUGUCUCUUCAGGAGAAGAUAACCAAAUCUUAUUUUGGAAAUAAUCUAAGUGA